AGCGCUCGCCGCUCGGUUCGUUUGGCGCCCAAAACCCAGUAUUAUCAUUUCUCCUUUCACGCCCUAAUUCUAUUUUAUCUUCUAAAUCUCGUGUUUUGCGACGUUACGUAUUCCGCCCAGCUUGCAAGGAGAAACUGCAUAGGAAGAGGAGAUGGUGAAGGUGCGGAUGAACACAGCCGACGUGGCGGCUGAGGUGAAGUGCCUCCGCCGCUUGAUCGGUAUGCGGUGCUCCAACGUGUACGAUCUCUCACCGAAGACGUAUGUGUUUAAGCUGAUGAGUAGCAGUGGAGUGACGGAGUCGGGUGAGAGUGAGAAGGUUUUGCUGUUGAUGGAAAGUGGUGUAAGGGACAAAAGCAAUACUCCAUCAGGUUUUACCUUGAAAUUAAGGAAACACAUUAGGACGAGGAGGCUUGAGGACGUGCGGCAACUUGGAUAUGAUAGGAUAAUUCUCUUUCAAUUCGGGCAGGGUGUUAAUGCCCACUAUGUCAUCUUGGAGCUUUAUGCCCAAGGGAAUGUUAUUCUUACAGAUUCUGAGUUCACCGUCUUGACUCUCCUUCGUUCUCACAGAUGCUUUGCAAAUCUUUCUUUUGUGGCUUGUGUUGUUGUAUUUGGUACUUAUUGUUUCUGUAAUGGAAGGGAUGACGAUAAGGGGAUUGCAAUUAUGUCUCGGCACCGAUAUCCAGUCGAACAAUCUCGAACCUUUGAGCGUACAACUAGAGAAAAGAUGUCAGUGGCCCUACAAUCGUUGGUGGAAGUCCAUAGAGAUGAUAAUUUAGAUGGCAGUGAACAUGGACAUGAUAGUAAUCAUGCCCUGACACAGAAGCAUGAUAACCAGAGAAAUGUGAAGCCUAGUCAGUCGAAGAAAAGUGAUAAUGCUCGUGCCAAGCAGGCAACUUUGAAAGUUGUCCUUGGAGAAGCAUUGGGUUAUGGACCUGCGUUGUCUGAACACAUUAUUUUGGAUGCUGGUCUGAUACCAAGUACGAAAAUCAGUAAGGAUAUAAAUUUGGAUGAUAACACCAUCCAUUUGCUGGCUGAAGCUGUGUUGAGGUUUGAGGACUGGCUAGCAGAUGUUAUUUUUUGUGAGAAAGUUCCAGAGGGUUACAUCUUGAUGCAGCAAAAGAAUUCGGGUAAACGGGAUGGUGUUGUGUCUGAGAAGGGAACUUCUGAGCAGAUAUAUGAUGAGUUCUGCCCUCUGCUGCUGAACCAGUUCAAAUCAAGAGAUUCUGUACAGUUUGAGACAUUUGAUGCAGCGUUGGACGAAUUCUAUAGUAAAAUUGAAAGUCAACGUUCUGAACAACAGCAGAAGGCUAAAGAAAAUUCUGCCAUGCAGAGACUUGACAAGAUCAAAAUAGAUCAGGAAAGCCGUGUGCAUGCACUAAAGAGAGAGGUUGAGCAGAGUAUUAAAAAAGCAGAAUUGAUUGAAUACAACUUAGAAGACGUAGAUGCUGCCAUCUUAGCAGUCCGUGUGGCUCUUGCAAAUGGUAUGAGCUGGGUUGACCUGGCUCGUAUGGUGAAAGAGGAGAAAAAAUCUGGAAACCCUGUCGCUGGUCUCAUUGACAAGCUUCAUCUGGAAAGAAAUUGCAUCACACUUCUCCUUAGCAACAAUCUUGAUGACAUGGAUGAUGAGGAGAAGACACAGCCUGUAGACAAGGUUGAAGUUGAUCUUGCGCUUUCUGCACAUGCUAAUGCUCGUCGAUAUUAUGAAAUGAAGAAGAAACAAGAGAGCAAGCAGGAGAAAACUGUUACAGCACAUGAGAAAGCAUUCAAAGCUGCUGAGAGGAAAACACGCCAGCAACUUUCACAGAGUAAGAAUGACAUUGAGUUUACGCUUCAGUUUAUUGUUCCAUUAGAUAUGCUAAAGGAUUUGCAUGUUGCUCUAUCUUGUAAGCAUUUCGUUAAACUUGGGCUGCAGGAAAAAGCAGUCGCCUCAAUCACACACAUGCGCAAGGUUCACUGGUUUGAAAAAUUCAAUUGGUUCAUAAGCAGCGAGAAUUAUCUAGUUAUCAGCGGAAGAGAUGCUCAACAAAAUGAGAUGAUAGUCAAACGCUAUAUGUCAAAAGGAGACCUGUAUGUCCAUGCAGAACUCCAUGGCGCUUCUAGUACUGUGAUCAAGAAUCACAAACCUGAAGUCCCAGUUCCCCCUCUCACCUUGAACCAAGCAGGAUGUUAUACAGUUUGCCAAAGCCAGGCUUGGGACUCGAAGAUAGUGACUAGUGCGUGGUGGGUCUAUCCGCACCAGGUCAGUAAAACAGCCCCCACUGGAGAAUAUCUUACUGUUGGGAGCUUUAUGAUUCGAGGUAAAAAGAAUUUUCUACCACCACACCCUCUUAUUAUGGGCUUCGGGAUAUUGUUUCGCCUGGAUGAGAGUUCUCUAGGAUCUCAUCUGAAUGAAAGGAGAGUAAGAGGAGAAGAGGAAGGAUUAAAUGACACCGAGCAAAGUGAGCCUUUCCAAGAGAUAUCCGACUCAGGUUCUGAUUCAGAGAAGGAACUAUUUGGUGCAAAGGCCACAUCAGACUCAUCGAACCUUGUGGAUUUGUCUCCAGUGGUUCAGUCCAGUGACUUGAAUGGUUUUGAUGUGCCUGUUAAGCUUGACGUGGCUGAUGAAACUUCUACUUCAGCGAAUCAUAUUUCUAAUGAUGAGGAACUUGAGUCUUCUAGCAAAACAUCUGCUAUUACCUCAGAUUUAGAGGAUUUAAUGGAUCGAGCUCUCGAGCUUGGACCUGCUACUGCGUCUGUUAAGAAAUAUGGACUCCAGUAUUCGAAAGAGGAAUUAGUGGAGGAACACAACCUUGAAAAUGCAGUGCAGAGAGAUAAACCUUAUAUCUCCAAAGCUGAAAGGAGAAAUCUUAAGAAAGGUCCAAAAGAUGACGCUGCAAGUUCAUCCGCUGCAAUUGAUAAGCAAAAAGAAGAACAUAAAAAAUGCGUAAGCCAGGCUGAGAAUGAUAGUAAGAAUCCAAAGCCAAGUGGUGGAAAACCUAGCCGUGGACAGAGGGGGAAAUUGAAGAAGAUAAAGGAAAAGUAUGCUGAUCAGGAUGAAGAGGAACGGAGCAUUAGAAUGGCCCUGUUGGCAGCCGCUGGAAAAUCAAAGAAGAAAACUGAGAAGAGUGAGAUUGAAAAGGUCACUUCAGAAAGAGGACCCAAACCUGCUACAGAACCUGUUGCUGAUGAUUCAAAGAUAUGUUACAAAUGUAAGAAAGCAGGCCAUAUGUCUCGAGACUGUCCCGAACAUCCGGAUGCAACUCUUCCAAGCACUAAAGCAGGUGGUGAGGUGGACAGAGUGACCAUGGAGGAAGAUGAUAUUCACGAGAUUGGAGAAGAAGAAAGAGAGAAACUGAAUGAUGUGGACUACCUGACUGGAAAUCCUCUACCGAAUGACGUCUUAUUGUAUGCUGUGCCUGUCUGUGGUCCUUACAAUGCUUUACAAUCAUAUAAAUACCGUGUGAAGAUAAUCCCUGGCACCUUAAAGAAAGGAAAAGCGGCCAAGACGGCCAUGAAUUUGUUCAGUCAUACGGCUGAGGCAACAAUGAGAGAGAAGGAAUUAAUGAAGGCUUGCACGGAUUCUGAACUCGUUGCCGCCAUAAUCAGCAAUGUGAAAGUCUCGGCCGCAGGCCUCACUCAGCUCAAGCAGAAGCAGAAGAAAACCAAGAAAGCUGCAAACAAAGGAGGAAGCUAAUCCUCAGCAUUUUACCUGUCGACUGAAUUUUGUGCGCACGGUAUAUGGAAAUCAAUGUUCAUUGAAGAUACAUUUUUGUGGAUGAAAUAGUGUGAGUCUUGAGGAGAUUCUGAGUGAUAGCUGAAAGGAAGAUAAUCUGAUAUUGUUAAAAUCAAUGUUCAUGGAAGAUACAUUUUGUGGAUGAAAUAGUCUGUCUUGAGGAGAUUUUGAGUGAUAGCUGAAAUGAAGAUAAUCUGUAUUUUUGUUAUGCAUAGAAGGAUGGUUUGGUGCGUUCGGAGACACCAAUCUAUAAUAUUACUAGACAAUGCUUACGUCUUAGAUCACCAUCUCUAUCUCUAUCUCUACCUCUACUACUUAAAAAGUAGGGUAAAAAACUUUUUGCCAUCCGAAC